AUGACGAAAGUAGGCGUUGAAAAAGACGAUGGUGCCAAUGAUUUGCGGUUAACGAAUCAAACUGUUGUUGCACCUGAAAAUUUGCUGGUUGAAUUACUGGAAUCGGAUCGUGCUGUGCAAGCAGAAUAUUUUCUUGAAGCUUACUCGAGCGAAAAAGGCAGGAUUACUAACAGUGCAAACGCUGUUGUUGGUAAUGGUUGUGAAUCGAGCGAUAACAGGGACGAGACUAUAGGAAAUGACAACGAGAUGGAACAGCAUAAACUGAAAAUUUCUGAUGUUUCUAAGAAAGCAGAAGCGAUUUCAACAGCAAUGAAUAAGGAAGAGAAAAAUGAUGGUGAUGGCAGUGACGAAAAUGAAGAGGGAAUUACGGUGACAGGUCAUAAUGAGAAAAACGGCAAUUCAGAAAAUAAUAGUGGUGCUGUUGGUGUGGACAGUGGUGUUGAGAAAGACAGGGACAGCGAAGAUGACGAAUAUGUGGUGGAAAAAAUUCUUGAUAAACGAUAUAAUCGACGAAAGAAAAGAAUCGAAUAUUUGAUCAAAUGGGCAGGAUAUGACAGUGAAAGCGAGAAUACAUGGGAAUCUGCAGAAAAUUGUGAAUCCGCUCCUGAUGCAAUUCGUGAAUAUGAGGAAAGUCAGAAGAAAAAUACGACGAAAUAUCCGUUACGAAGUAGAUCAAUAAAAGAGGAAAGUGGUUCAAAUGAUGAUGGAAAAAAACUAUCAAAAUCCAUAAAAAGGAAAACAGAUGAAUUCAAAGAGGAACUAUUUUCAGAAGAAAGUAGCGAUAAUGGCAGCGAAGAAAUUGCGUCGAAACGUACUAAGGUUGACUGCAUUCUUGGUGUUAAAAAGGAACAUAAUGAAAUUCUGGCAGUAGUGCGUUUUGAGAACGGACACCAUGAUGUUAUAUCAACUCGAGUGUUGGCCAGCAAAUGUCCAAAAAAGCUGGUGAAUUAUUAUGAGAGAUCAUUAAAGUUCAUCUGA